AUGGCAACGGAAAACGACGAUCAGGCGCUCGUUGCGCAAUCGACCGAAGUCGCAGCGCCUGCCCCCAAGAAAGUAAAAAAGAUCAUCCGCAAGAAACGCCCUGCCAGACCUCAAGCAGACUCUGCCUUCACCGAGGAGCCCCCGCCGCAGACUGGAACGAUAUUCAACAUUUGGUACAACAAAUGGUCGGGCGGUGAUCGUGAUGACAAGUACACAAACACUGCGGCAAAAGGCCGUUGCAAUAUCGCCAAGGAUGCUGGUUACACCAGGGCCGACAAGAUCCCGGGCUCAUAUUUUUGUCUCUGGUUCGCACGAGGUUUAUGUCCAAAGGGCCAGGACUGCCAAUACCUUCACCGGCUGCCGACGAUCCAUGACAUGUUCAACCCGAAUGUAGACUGCUUCGGCCGCGACAAGCAUUCCGACUACAGAGACGACAUGGGAGGUGUGGGAAGUUUCAUGAGGCAGAACCGCACCAUUUACGUCGGUCGCAUACAUGUAACAGACGACAUUGAGGAGAUUGUGGCCAGACAUUUUGCCGAAUGGGGUCAGAUUGAGCGGAUACGCGUGUUGAACACAAGAGGUGUCGCCUUCAUCACAUACUCCAACGAGGCUAACGCGCAGUUCGCCAAGGAAGCCAUGGCUCACCAAGCACUCGAUCACAGCGAGGUUCUAAAUGUUAGAUGGGCAACGGCAGAUCCUAAUCCCAUGGCACAAGCGAGAGAAGCCAGACGCAUCGAAGAACAAGCCGCCGAGGCGAUCAGAAGAGCACUGCCGGAAGCGUUCAUCGCGGAAAUUGAGGGUCGGGAUCCCGAGUCGAGAAAGCGGAGGAAGGUGGAGAGCGGCUUUGGGCUAGAGGGAUACGAAGCACCAGAUAAUGUCUACUUUGCAAGAGGAGCACAGGCUGUGAAUCCUGCUGGCAGGGAAGGUCAUGACUUGGAGUACGAGCAGCGGCUCAUGAUCGAAAAUGGUGAGGUGGACGGUAAUCAUGAUGGUCAGGCUCUGCCUGCCCUGGAGGAUAAGCCCGAGGAAAAAGGGGGCAUCUUCUCAAGCAGCACACUCGCAGCAUUGAAAGGAGCACAAGUCAAGGCUGCACCCAAAGCUGCGCCUAAAAUUUCGUCUGGGCCUUUAGUAGCAUAUGGCAGCGAUGACGAGGAUGACGAUGAAUAG